AUUUCGUGAACUUCGUGAUAACUUAUCAUUGCCUAUCGAUAAACCAACGACGACUAUCGAUGAUAAACAAACACACUUUAAAGUAUUUAAAUUGUGUUUGAUGCUUUAGUUUUAAAUCCAUUUUAAAUUACGUCGAUAAGCAUAAACAAAAACGUUAACUCAAGAAUGGACCUACCUGUAAUAACUUUUUAUUUUUUAAUUUUUAUCGGCAGCCUGCAAGCUUCUGUAGUUGUAAUAAAAGUGGUUGCAAAUAAUGACGAACGAAGAUUAAACAAUUCUAUAACUACAGAUCAGCAUACUUUGCUUCCUUAUACAAAAACAAAAAGUCCAAUAAAACAGUGUUACAAUAAAGUUCACGAAUGUUUACAGUCCACUCCUUUUAAUAAAAAUAAAUGUCUGAAAAAAUUUAGAAAAUGUACUUCAAAACACUGCUCGGCGCAAAAGUGUUUUCUUAACGCACGUAAAUGUACGAUAGAAGUCGAAACUCCGCAAGAAGUGCUUAAAUGUAUCAGAACGCUAAAAACAUGUAUAAAAAAGAAAGGAUGCUAAUAACAACAAUAUUUAUAAUAACUAUAAUAAUAUUUUAUUUGUAACUAAAUUAAAAAAUUGUAAAUACGACCUUGUUUUUAA